AUGGGGACAGCUUUUCCCAUGUUGUUGGUUCUCUCUCUGCUCCUGUACCCUAAUGGCAUCUCCAAGAGCUUAGCUGCAAGGCCUCCAGUUGUGAAUAUUGGGUCUAUUCUUCAAUUGAACUCCACCACUGGAGGUGUUGCGGCGAUUGCCAUCAAUGCAGCCUUGGAGGAUAUCAACUCUGAUCCAACAGUUCUAAAUGGAACAACAUUAAAGGUUGAAACCAAGGAUACAAAUUGCUUUGAUGGUUUCCUUGGCAUGGUUCAAGUCCUUGUAUCAGCUUUACAGUUCAUGGAGACUGAUGUUAUUGCAAUCGUUGGCCCCCAGUGCUCCACAAUUGCUCAUAUCAUUUCAUAUGUAGCAAAUGAGCUCCGAGUCCCCUUGAUGUCCUUUGCGUCUGAUGCUACUCUUUCAUCGAUACAGUUCCCGUUCUUUGUCAGGACUGCUCCCAGUGAUCUCUAUCAAAUGGCGGCUGUGGCAGCAGUUGUGGACUACAACCACUGGAAGAUAGUGACUGCCAUAUACAUUGAUGAUGAUUUUGGUCGAAAUGGCAUUGCUGCUUUGGAUGAUGCACUCACUGCGAAGCGCUGCAAAAUUUCCUACAAGAUUGGAUUUCCUGCAAAUGCUAAAAAGAGUGAGCUUAUUAAUUUGUUGGUUAGUGUCAGUUAUAUGGAGUCUCGUGUUAUCAUCCUCCAUACUGGUGCUGAACCUGGACUCAAGCUUUUCUCUAUGGCAAACCGACUAAACAUGAUGGGCAAUGGCUAUGUAUGGAUUGCAACUGACUGGCUUUCUGCAUAUCUUGAUGCUAAUUCAUCAGUUCCUGCUGAGACUAUAUCUGGUAUGCAAGGUGUUCUUACUUUACGGCCACAUAUCCCCAGCUCAGAAAUGAAGGGUAAUUUGAUCUCCAAGUGGAGCAGGCAAAGUCAGAAGUACAACCAUAGUGAUCUUCGUGUAAAUACUUAUGGUUUUUAUGUUUAUGAUAGUGUAUGGGCAGUAGCUCGGGCUCUUGAUGCCUUCUUUGAUGAUGGUGGUAGCAUUUCCUUCUCAAAUGACUCGCGGUUGCGUGAUGGAGCUGGGGGAACUCUUCACCUUGAAGCAAUGAGUAUUUUUGACAAGGGAAAGAAAUUAUUGGACAAGAUUAGAAAGGUAAACUUCACUGGGCCAUCUGGGAAAGUGCAAUUCGAUGCUUCAGGUGACCUCAUUCAUCCUGCAUAUGAGAUCAUAAAUGUCAUCGGAAAUGGCAUGCGGACCAUUGGUUUUUGGUCAAACUAUUCUGGCUUGUUAUCAACUGUCCCUCCAGAGGCUCUAUAUUCAAAGUCCCCAAAUACUUCUCUAGCCAAUCAGCAACUCUAUGAUGUUAUUUGGCCUGGGCAGACUGCACAGAGGCCUCGAGGAUGGGUUUUUCCUUCUAAUGCCAAGGAGUUAAAAAUUGGUAUUCCCAACAGAUUCAGUUUCAGGGAGUUUGUCACGAAAGACAAUGUUACCGGGUCAAUGAAGGGUUAUUGCAUUGAUGUCUUUACCCAGGCAUUGGCUUUGCUUCCUUAUCCUGUUACCUACAAGUUUGUACCUUUUGGGAGUGGUACUGAAAAUCCUCAUUAUGACAAACUCAUACAGAUGGUUGAAUCAAAUGAGCUUGAUGGAGCUGUAGGGGAUAUCGCAGUUACAAUGAAGCGCACAGUAAUUGCUGAUUUCACCCAGCCUUUCAUUGAAACAGGAUUGGUUAUCUUGGCUCCGGUUAAAAGGCAUAUAACAACAUCCUGGGCAUUCUUGCAGCCAUUUACUUUGGAGAUGUGGUGUGUUACAGGGUUGUUCUUUCUUGUUGUGGGUGUGGUUGUUUGGGUUCUUGAACAUCGAAUCAAUGAUGAGUUCCGCGGCUCGCCACGACAACAAAUGAUAACUAUUUUCUGGUUCAGCUUUUCGACUUUGUUCUUUGCACACAGAGAAAAUACCAUGAGCACCUUAGGGCGCGGUGUGUUACUCAUAUGGCUAUUUGUUGUUUUGAUCAUUCAAUCCAGCUAUACCGCGAGUCUUACUUCCAUCCUGACCGUGCAACAACUUGAUACUUCUAUAAAAGGAAUCGAUGACCUGAAAAAUAGCGAUGCUCCUGUUGGUUUCCAAGUUGGUUCUUUUGCACAAGACUACAUGGUUAAUGAACUGAACAUCUCACGGUCAAGGCUAAGAGCUCUCGGUUCCCCAAAAGAAUAUGCUAAAGCGCUCGAGCUUGGCCCUAAGAAAGGAGGUGUUAUGGCCAUCGUUGACGAGCGCCCCUAUGUUGAACUGUUUUUGUCAACUUACUGCAAGAUUGCGGUAGCUGGCUCAGAUUUCACCAGCAGAGGAUGGGGCUUUGCAUUUCCACGGGAUUCCCCUCUGCAAGUGGACCUGUCCACCGCGAUCCUGUCACUGUCAGAGAACGGGGAGCUGCAGCGGAUCCACGACAAGUGGCUCAAGACAGGCGAGUGCGCAGCCGACGAAAGCGAGAUGAUCAACUCGAACCAGCUCCGCCUCGAGAGCUUCUGGGGCCUGUUCAUAAUCUGUGCCAUGGCGUGCGUCAUCUCGCUGCUCAUCUACUUCGGCAUCAUGCUGCGCAAGUACAUGAGACACGAGCCGAAGAAGAGCCUCAGGAGGUUCAUCUCGUUCAUCGACGACAAGGAGCCACCGAAGAACCGGAAGAAGCGGUCCAUGAGCCUGCCUGCGAGUGCGACGGCCACCACACCGAUGACCGCCCUCGACAUAGAGAGGCCGGCCAGACCGGUCAGGAACGGCAGCGUUAUUGAUAUAGAAGGCUAG